GCAGUCCAGGUCAGGCACAAAUAGAAAGCCACCAGGCAGCUGAUGUCAUGUGAAGCAGCUGGGCCAGUUCAUGAGUAUAUGGCAGGAGGUCAACUAGAUGUGUUAUUACUCUGACCUUUCCCCGCGAGAUCUGUUUAUGUGCUCAAAUGGACUUUACAGAUGAUGAUUAUGCUGGAGGAUGACGUUUCUAUUAAAGUCAAGUUUCAACAAGAUGACAGCAUAUCCUGGAUGAGUAGUCGAUGGAAAAUUGUUGCGUUUUUAGUUUACUACCGACAGUGGUUUUUUUUUCUUUUUUGGAGCCUUUUUGUGCUGCGAUUGGCUGGCGACAAGCGGAUGGUGUAGCCCGACUCUCGCCCAAAGUCAGCUGGGUCAAUAAAAGAGAGGUGGAGUGCCUUAUCGGAGAGUUCCGUUUUUUAUUGGGCGAGCCGGCCAGUCCUGCGAGGUCAGUGGGCGGCUUGGACAGAUGGAAGCUGAGAAGCUUUCUGCACAACACCCUUGGACUCACCAACGACACCAUCAUGGAUGCAGUGUUCCGGACAUUUGACAAAGACAAUGACGGGUUUGUAAGCUUGAAAGAGUGGAUUGAGGGACUAGCGGUUGUUCUUCGUGGCACCUUGGACGAAAGAAUAACGUACUGCUUCCACGUGUACGACUUGAACGCUGACAAGUACAUCACCAGGGAGGAGAUGUUACAAAUGCUGAGGUACAGCCUCAGGCUGCCUGGAGAGGAGGACCCUUACGACGGGAUCAAAGAUCUGGUGGAGAUCACACUCAAGAGGAUGGACCGCGACCACGAUGACAGGUUGUCUUUGGACGACUUUGAGAAGUCAGUGAAAGAGGUGAAUCACAUGCUUGAAGCUUUUGGAACUUGCCUCCCCAACACCACUAGGAUUGAGACUUUUGAGCAGCGUGUAUUUCAGAGUCAAGUACACUGAUGAUGCUGUCAUAGAAAUAUUUUAUAUACAGUAACAAUAGCGGUCUAUCUAUGCAACACCCAUCCAUUUUCUUCAGCCCUUGGUAACCAUUCCCACUCUCAUCCACACCUUUGGACAAAUUAAAGUCUGCAAUGAAUCGAACGUGCAUGUUUUAUGGGGGGAAUGUGCGAAGAAGCUGGAGUACAUGCAGAAAACUCACACAAGCACUAUGGGAGAAGUUCAAAAGGUGUCAACAGAUAAAAAAGGAUGUUCAAAGAAA